AUGAGCCGACCAAAGGGUCCCGAUGCCACGGACCUUACAGCGCACGUCAUCCGAUUGGCGGAAGAAGCCGAAGCAGAGCUGGAGAAGCAGAAGGGGCUUCUUCAACAAAUCCACCACUACAGCGGUCUUCUUAAACGCCAGCCGAGACUUGCUAACCUUUCCAUUCCUUCUCCAACACCCUUGGCCUUUGACCCAGAAGCAGUAGUCAUUCCCAUCCUUGUAGUAGCAUGCGAUCGUCCGUCUGUCAGGAAGUGUUUGGACUCUCUGCUUAAAUACCGCCCUUCGGCGGAGCAGUUCCCCAUCAUCGUUAGCCAAGAUUGCGGCCAUGCCGAGACAUCCAGGGUCAUUGACUCGUAUGGAGAUGCCAUCACUCAUAUUAAUCAGCCGGACCUUUCUGAGGUGCCUGCUCCACCAGAACAUAGGAAGUUUCAAGGCUACUAUAAGAUCUCCAGACACUAUCGAUGGGCACUGAACCAGAUCUUCAGAGUGCUGGGUUACAAGUCGGCCAUCGUAGUAGAAGACGAUUUGGAAAUAGCUCCAGACUUCUAUGAAUACUUCUCAGCCACCCAUCCUCUCCUCCGUAAGGACCCCACCUUGUGGUGUGUAUCUGCCUGGAAUGACAAUGGCAAGGAGAACUUAGUGGAGCCCAAAGGCAGUACCAUUCUUCAUCGUUCCGACUUCUUCCCAGGGCUUGGCUGGCUGCUGCUUCAGGAACUUUGGGAGGAACUAGAGCCAAAGUGGCCAGCUGCCUUCUGGGACGACUGGGUAAGGCGCCCAGAGCAGAGACUCGGGAGGGCUUGCCUGAGACCAGAGUUGCCUCGCACUCGAACAUUUGGAAGGAAAGGGGUUAGCCAAGGCCAGUUUUUUGACCAGCAUCUGAGGUUCAUCAAGUUGAAUCAGGACCCAGUAUCCUUCACUAAGAUGGAUCUUUCAUAUCUUCUAAAAGAAAAAUAUGACCCCUGGUUUCUGGGACAAGUUUAUGAAGCACCCAAAGCACGUGCAGAAGAGGUGCUUCAAGGCCAAGUGCCUGGAGGAAGGACGGUGAGGGUAGAAUACUCAACUAGAGACACUUUCAAGGCCAUGGCCAGGUCAUUUGGUGUUAUGGAUGACCUGAAGUCUGGUGUGGCUCGUGUUGCCUAUAAGGGUGUUGUAACGUUCACACAUAGGGGGAGAAGGGUGUUUUUAGCUCCCCCUAAAGACUGGGCAGGUUAUGACCCAUCAUGGAGUUAA